AUAGUAUAUAUACUUAUUGAUAUUAAGAAAGCAGACAAAGAGAUUGGAUAUACCUUGUAAUGGAUCCAUGGAUGAAUCUUACAGUGACUGGUAACAGUAGUCACAAUUAUUUUAUGAUAAAAAUUAAGAAUGGAAGAUUAUUACCAUAUUCACUCUAUCCAUCGAAUCUGUCAUAUUUAAUUAGUUAUUAAUGUUUGAGUAAGUAAGUGCUAAAAUACUGUGCAGUAUUGGUUUUGAACUUCAAGGAACAUUUAUUAAGUGAAAGUAUGUUUAGUCCUAUACCAAUAAAGUACGAAUAUGUAGGAGGAGAAGAUGUCAGUAGAAAUGGUAGGAUUGAUACUUCAGAUAAUUCUAAAUAUCCUUUGUUUAUCAAUCAAGAUCCUGAGUGUAGAUAUCGUCAGUUACCACAAUUUUGGGAUUAUGCACAAUCAUCUGUAAAUCUUCCUCAAAAAGAUGAAACUUACAACUGUCAGGAUCUGCUUCAAGUACAAGAAACUGGUUCUUUAACAUAUGUGAAAGAUUACUUCCAUCAUGGCAUAUUAUUUCAACUUAACCAACAUCAAGAGGAAGCUGCUACACAAACUCAAUUUUCUGAUCAGAGCCAACAGAAUUUAUCAGAUGAAACACAAUCAACACAAGGACUACAAUAUUCGCAACAGUCUAAAAGUGUUAAUCAAACUACAACAACUGUACAACCAAUUCCAUCUAUGAAACAUAAUCGUCCAGGAAGACCUCCAAAGAGUUCUUCUGAAACUACAGUGACAAAGAAAUUAAAGUGUCAGUGUGAAAUUUGUUUCAAAGAAUUUGGACACAAGAGUAAUUUAUUUAUUCAUAUGAGAACUCAUAAUGGGGAAAGACCUUAUAAAUGUAAUCAGUGUGAAAAAUGCUUUACACAUAGUGGAAAUUUAGCGAUACAUAUGAGGACUCAUUCAGGCGAAAGACCAUAUGGUUGUCAAAUAUGUGGUAAAAUGUUUAGUCACAGUGGAAAUUUAUCUACACACUUGCGUACUCAUUCAGGGGUAAAACCCUACAAAUGUUCUGUAUGUGGUAAAGAAUUCAGACAUAGUGGGAAUUUAUCAAUACAUGAAAGAAUACAUUCUGGAAUUAAACCAUUUCAAUGUAAAGUCUGUGGCAAAGAUUUUUAUCAUAGUGGAAACUUAACAACUCAUAUGAAAAAACAUACAGUAAACAUAAAUACGAAUGUGGAAAUUUGUGACAAUGGUACAAAGCAAAUGCAAAAUACAAAAGAUCAUGAUGAUGUUCCUCAUUCAAAUUCACUAAAUAAUGUAACACUGACUUCACAGAUAAGUGAUAUUGAAAUAAUACACCAUACAGUUAAUGUGGUUCCUGUAAAAAAUGAAUGUAUUGAUGAGCCUAGAUCAGAUAAUACUUUAAUAUCAAAACCAACGACUACAUAAAUUCUUAAAGAAAAAAGAAAACUAUAUUAUGUAUAAAAUUGAAAUUUUAAUAAUAUUAUAUCUAUAUAUAAGAAUUCUCUUUCAGUGUGUGUAUGUGUGUGUGUGUGUGUGUGUGCGUGCGUGCGUGCGUGCGUGCGUGCGUGCGUGCGUGCGUGCGCGCGUAUGUGUGUAUUAUAUAUAUAUGAUUUAUAUAACAGAAAGCUCAAUAUGAGAUGUAUCUAAAAAGGAAUGAGACUGGUUCUGUAAAAAUGUUUAUAUGUCAUUUAAUUAAAAAUGUACAUUAUCUCCUUCAAAAUAGUUCCCUUGAAAAGUUAUACAAUGCCAGAGGCAUUGCUUCCAUUCCUGAAAAUAGUGCUGAAACACUUCUACUAAACUGCUUUCAAUUAGUCAGUUAUAACCUUUUGAAUGUUGUCCACAGUUCCAAAGUGAUAUCCCUUGGGAUGGCUUUUGAUUUUCUUGAAAAAAAAAAAAGUCACGAACUCAAAUCAGAAGAGUAUGGAGGUUGUGGAACCACAGAAAUAUCUUUGUUGGGCAAAAACUCAUUUAUAGCAGAGAUGUUUUGGAACCAAUUUGGCACAAAUCUUUUGCAUGCACAAAUUCUAAAUCAAAAAGUCAACAAUUCAAUAAUUUAAAUUUAAAUUUAACUCGUCAUCAAUCAUUCUAACUGUCAAACGAUGAUCAGAUCUUUGAGAGCUUUUACUUUUGCAACAUUUCUCUUAAUUUUUGAAGUCCAAGGUUUUCCAGAACGAGUUUCAUCUUUUACAGUUUCGAGACUAUCUAAAACUGCUUUGUGCUACCUAAAACUUGUGCCUUGAAUAAAGCUUCAUUUUUGUAAGCUAAUUUCAAUUUAUUUUAUAAACGUUUCUGUUGUAUUGUUUAACACAAAAUUAAUCGAUUUCUACGAAAUCAUUCGUGUUAGCUAAAUCAAGUUGAAACUGAUACAGAAAGAAGACAUACAUCUCACAAUAAUGUUUCAAUAUUUAUAGUGUUGCCAAUUCCGAAGAACCGAGAUCAGUCUCAUUAUUUUUUAGACACACCUUGUAUAUAUGAUUUUAACACAAAGAUCUUUUAUAUUAUUAUAAAAAUACAUUUUUAUAAAUAUUUGAAA